AUGGCAAGCCCCGAGCUUCGACGUCAAGUCAUCACCAUAUACAAGGAGCUUCUCUAUAUGGGCCGCGAGUAUCCGCUGGGCUACGACUUCUUUCGGACCAGACUGCAUCGCGCAUUUUCAAGUCAAGUUCAUCUCCAGAACGAAGAAGAUAUUCGGAAGGGCAUCGCUAGAGCGGAAUUCGUUAAGAAAGAGAUCGAGGCUUUGUAA